ACAACAAUGGAUUCCGAUUCUGAGAGUCAAGAUAGUGACGAGGGCCGACGAUUUCGUUUCGAAGCCACCCGGAAAGAUAACGUGCGACCAGAACCGAAGCUUGGGAAACGUGCGAGGUCGAAGCCAGAGUACAAAUCCGACCAUGACGACGUAGAAUACAAAGAGAGAAAAGAGAAGUCGAAGCACGACAGCAGUCGAAGAGAACGCAGAUCCUCGAAAGAGCAAGAAGCCGAUGACAAGGACCUCAGGCACGCCUCGAAGUACUCCAAGCAUAAUGUUCACGAGGUGAAAAGCUCUAGACGCGAGAGCAGCAAAGAGGGAAAGGAUUAUAAAAGCGCGAGGGACGCUAGCACGGACUCCAGAACAUUCGCUUUGUCUUCCAAGCAAAAGCUAAGAGACGCGAAGCUGCACAGGAACCGGGACCGGAGCGAGCACAGGAAGCACAGGUCUCAGGAUCGGUCGCACAGUAGGAACGAGGACGACAGGUCUCAGAACGACAAAUACAGGAACAAAUCGCACGAGAAGUACAGGCACCGGUCUCGCGACAGAAGCUACCAGUCGCACAGGCAGAGAUCGUCAGAUCACGGCAGAUCCCGGGGAGAAUUUGAGAAGCACAACUCGCAUAAGAGAGCUUUAACGAAAGUGGACACAGACCAACGACUGCAGGAAGUCUCCUCACCCAAGAAUAUUGAGCAGAACCGCAGUGACAACGAGUUGCCGGCAACGAGAGACUUGUCGGCUGAGAGUCAUGAGUACAAAGAGUUAGAUCUGUCCGAGUUCGAUGUACUGUCCGAGACAGACGAGAACUUGUCCGAGGACUCGGAUGCGAAGGACAGGUGUACGUUAUCGCGGUACCAUAAGAGCAAAACGAAAAAGAGAAAUUCGAAUGAUGCCCAUGAAAACUCGAGGAAGAGACAAGCGACAGAGAACGAACACUCGGACGGCUCUCCUAAGGUAAUUGCGAGGAAGGACGUCUCGUCUUAUGGUUCCAGCAAUAAUAAUCCUGGUGCCAUUUCAGAUUCCGCGUUUGGCGCCGCGUCGUCUGUAUUAACGGGAUCAAUCAUGGAAGAUCACUACAAAUGCUCCAAACUGGAUGCAACAGAAAAAACGAUCGAUCUGAAUAGUAAAGAGGACAAGUUGAGCUCUGGUGAGACAACUUCCUUGCGCCUUAGUCAUCGCGAUUCCCCAGAGUCUGCGAAAGCAUCGUCUUCUGACGAGGACACAGCUUACGGUCCGAUCUUACCGCCGCAAUUGAUCACAGAUCGUGCUGACGAUGCCAAACCAGCCAAAAGUCCGAGCUUCAUAGGACCUUGCUUGCCGCAGAAUUAUGUGCGAGACGAGACCGAAAGAUUCGAAGCUGAUGCGAUGGAUCAUAACGAUAAGAAUGAUUCCGAUACCGAAAUGAUUUUCGGUCCAGCGUUGCCGCCGCAUUUGUUAGAACAGAAGCAGAGCAACGGAACUGAAGCGAAACUUAUAGGUCCUGCUCUUCCAAGCGCAAUUAAACCCUCCCACGACGAACAGAUAGAACAAUCAGAUUCCGAGAAUGAAGAUGCGAUCGGCCCGUUGCCGGUCGACCAUCCUGCGCUGCGAAGUAGUUACAUUUAUAGAAAAUUGGAGCACAGGGCACAACGAAUUAAAAAUGAACAAAUGAAUGAGGAUAAUAGUACUCUGAGUCAGCGAGAAGAAUGGAUGACAGAAUUGCCACCAGCACAAAUCAGUAAUCUGCAACUGGGUCCACGGAAGUUCCGCGUUAGAGCUGGUCCCGACAUGUCUGAUAGAUCAUGCUGGACGGAUACACCGACUAAGAAAGCUGAGAAACAGAAACAAAAAGAAGAAAAAGAGUUCUACGGCUGCCAAAAAUCCUCCACAAAAUUACCUGAGAAAAGUUUUGAAACCGAAGCCGGAAAAAGCAAAAAACGUGAGAAAUCGCUUUUGGAGAUACAUCAGAGCAAACUUCAAAAGAAAAAAAAGAAAGAAGAGAAGGAAGCAAAAUUGACUGGACAGACUGUUAGAAGACCAUUCGACAGGGAUGUAGACUUGCAGGUGAAUAGAUUCGAUCAGGCUCAAAAGAGUGCUAUCAUAAACAAAGCACGAUGCCUCGAUGAUAGGUUCUCUCGCGGAAAAAUUUAAAAAAUUUGUAGGAAGUUUAGAAAUCUUUACAAGAAUUAUAAGUUCCGCGAAGCAUACAUUCGUAAUCUGGCUCACUGUAAGCGAUAUCGCUAAUGAGUGCCUUCAACCAUGAAUAGUUUCAAUCGAUUUUCCUUUGCGAUUGAAUCGGAUUUCACUUUUGUUCUCUUUUUCGCUUUUUAAACGGUUUACAUUGUUCCAUUUGUUCGUUGCUCAACCAUUUUAGCGAUUGUUAAUUGUUAACAGUAUGACAUUUCAUCCUCUCCAAACUAUCAAUUUUCGUAUCGUAUACAUUUUGAUGUAAAUUCGACCAACGACUCGAGAUAUGUAUAAACAGACACAUUACAAAUAAUACCUUUUUUAUUGAUUUUGCUGACAAUUAUUACUACUCGGAUCUGUAUUGUGUAUAUAUACAUUAUACUAUCGAACUGUAUCCUCUGUAAAUGACUGUUCUUCAUACAUGAGCUGUAUAUAUACAUGUAACAUUUAUCUAUUGUAUCAUAAAACAUUGUAAUUCACGAAAACUAUACAUGUUAAGCAAAAAUACGGAAAAUAUGAAAUCAUAAAUUACGUACAUUCUGUGUACAAACAUUGAAGACGAUAUACGCUUCUCUUUUUUGUUCUUGUGUCACAGACUCAAUUUUAUCUGUGAUAGUUGAAAAAAACUAUGUCAAUGUACUAUGUUUAUUGUCCAAUGUAACAGUUAUGGCUGCACCAUGUGUACUUUAAAUAUACUUUUUAAGAAAAUUA